AUGCCCAAUCCGAAUUCUGAUGCUCAAUUCAGCCUAAAAUAUCUUGAGUGUGAAGACUUUAUACCCCUAAAGUAUUCGGUUGAUUCACCAAUGAACUUGAAGCAUCCCCAUGACUUAGUCAUACUAAUGAGACAAGAAUCAACAGUUAACUACCUCAAAGAAUUAGAGAAGCAAUUAGUUGCUCAAAAAAUUCACAUAGAAGAAAAUGAGGACAGAGAUACAGGCCUGGAACAAAGGCACAAUAAAGAAGAUCCAGACUGCAUCAAGGCCAAGGUGCCCCUCGGGGACCUGGAUCUGUAUGACGGCACCUACAUAACUCUGGAGAGUAAAGACAUCAGCCCUGAAGAUUAUAUAGACACAGAAUCUCCUGUCCCUCCUGACCCUGAGCAACCUCACUGUACUAAAAUUCUAGAACUUCCAUAUAGUAUCCAUGCUUUUCAGCACUUAAGGGGUGUCCAAGAGAGAGUGAAUCUUUCUGCACCUCUGCUGCCGAAAGAAGACCCGGUCUUCACGUAUUUAUCUCAACGGUUAGGGAGAGGUAUAGAUGACAUAGGCCACCUCAUUCUUGAAGGCCUGCGGAAGAAUUCUUCCUCGUGGGUACUGUAUAACAUGGCUUCAUUUUACUGGAGAAUAAAGAAUGAGCCCUAUCAGGUAGUGGAAUGUGCCAUGCGAGCCCUUCACUUCUCUUCCAGACACAAUAAAGACAUCGCCCUGGUCAACCUAGCAAACGUGCUGCACAGAGCCCACUUCUCUGCCGAUGCUGCCGUCGUGGUCCAUGCAGCCCUGGAUGACAGCGACUUCUUCACCAGCUAUUACACAUUGGGAAACAUCUAUGCAAUGCUUGGUGAAUACAACCACUCAGUACUCUGUUAUGACCAUGCUUUGCAGGCCAAACCUGGGUUUGAGCAAGCUGUAAAGAGGAAGCACGCUGUCCUGUGUCAACAAAAACUUGAGCAAAAAUUGGAGGCUCAACAUAGAUCCCUCCAGCGAACACUGAAUGAGUUGAAAGAGUAUCAAAAACAACAUGACCACUACCUGAGACAGCAGGAGAUCCUAGAGAAACACAAGUUGAUUCAGGAGGAGCAAAUCUUAAGAAACAUCAUCCAUGAGACUCAGAUGGCAAAAGAGGCACAGUUAGGAAAUCAUCAAAUAUGCCGUCUGGUCAACCAGCAGCAUAGUUUACAUUGCCAGUGGGACCAGCCGGUGCGCUACCAUCGGGGAGAUAUUUUUGAAAAUGUGGACUACGUUCAGUUUGGUGAAGAUUCGUCCACCUCUAAUAUGAUGUCUGUGAACUUUGAUGUUCAGACAAAUCAGAGUGAUAUCAGCAACUCCUUCAGGUCUUCUCCUGUAGCCCAUUCUAUUCUCUGGAUCUGGGGCAGAGACUCUGAUGCAUAUAGGGACAAACAGCAUGUUCUGUGGCCUAAAAGAGCCGAUUGUGCCGAGAGCCACCCGAGAGUCCCAGGUGGUGGGGAAUUGCCAACGUAUUUUCUGCCCCCGGAAAACAAAGGACUCAGGAUCCACGAGCUCAACAGUGAUGAUUAUUCUUCAGAAGAAGAGGCCCAAACCCCAGACUGUUCCAUAAGUGACUUCCGAAAAAGCCAGACUCUAUCCUACUUAGUCAAAGAAUUAGAGGUCCGCAUGGAUCUGAAAGCCAAAAUGCCAGAUGACCAUGCACGAAAAGUUUUGCUUUCCCGUAUUAAUAACUAUACUAUCCCAGAAGAAGAAAUCGGGUCUUUCUUAUUUCACGCUAUUAACAAGCCAAAUGCUCCCGUCUGGCUCAUCCUCAACGAGGCGGGGCUGUACUGGAGAGCAGUGGGAAACAGCACCUUUGCCAUCGCCUGUCUUCAGAGGGCUUUGAACUUAGCCCCACUUCAAUACCAAGACAUUCCUCUUGUCAACUUGGCCAACCUCUUGAUCCACUAUGGUCUGCACCUCGAUGCCACUAAGCUGCUCCUGCAGGCUUUAGCCAUCAACAGCUCAGAGCCCCUGACCUUUCUGAGCCUGGGAAAUGCUUACCUGGCUCUGAAGAAUAUUAGUGGGGCACUUGAGGCCUUUAGGAAAGCUUUGACAUUAACUGCCAAGUGCCCAGAGUGCGAAAGCAGCCUGAAACUGAUCCGGUGUAUGCAGUUCUACCCUUUCCUGUACAACGUCACCUCCUCUGAUUGCAGUGGUCAUUGUUAUGAGAAAACCCUGGACAACAGCCAUGACAAACAGAAAUAUUUUGACACCUCCCAGCCCCUGGAUGCUGCCGAAGAAGAGCCUUCUGCGGAAGGAGCAGAGGAGGACCCUGUACUUUCUGUUGAGCAUUCAGGGAGGGACCCAGAUGCCCUUAGAGUUGAAAGUACAGUGGUUGAGGAAAGCAAUGGCUCUGAUGAGAUGGAGAAUUCAGAUGAAACCAAGAUGUCAGAAGAGAUACUGGCUUUAGUGGAUGAAUUUCAACAGGCCUGGCCCCUGGACGGCUUUGGGGGUGCGCUUGAGAUGAAAGGGCGGCGCCUUGACUUACAGGGAAUACGGGUACUGAAGAAAGGUCCCCAGGAUGGAGUAGCCAAGAGCUCUUGCUAUGGAGACUGCAGAAGUGAAGAUGAUGAAGCAACAGAAUGGAUUACAUUCCAAGUGAAACGAGUAAAGAAACCCAAAGGAGACCCUAAGAAAACUCCUGGGGAAAAAAUGGAAUCAAACCAAGCAGAAAGUCCACAGCGUUACCAAUCAAACUUGGAGAUCACCGGCCCCCAGGUGGCGUCUCCUGGGCCGCAAGGAAAGAAACGGGAUUACCAGAGUCUGGGAUGGCCCAGCCCGGACGAGUGCCUCAAGCUCCGCUGGGUAGAGCUGACGGCCAUCGUCAGUACCUGGCUUGCAGUUUCUUCAAAAAACAUUGACAUCACAGAGCACAUAGACUUUGCCACCCCAAUACAGCAGCCAGCCAUGGAGCCUCUCUGUAAUGGCAAUCUUCCCACCAGCAUGCACACCCUGGACCACCUGCAUGGGGUUUCCACCCGAGCCAGCCUGCACUACACGGGGGAGAGUCAGCUAACAGAGGUCUUACAGAAUCUUGGCAAAGACCAAUAUCCACAACAAUCACUUGAACAAAUUGGCACCCGAAUUGCCAAAGUUUUGGAAAAGAACCAGACCUCUUGGGUGCUUUCCAGCAUGGCGGCCCUCUACUGGCGAGUGAAAGGACAAGGGAAGAAGGCAAUUGACUGCCUCCGCCAGGCUCUCCACUACGCACCACACCAAAUGAAGGACGUGCCCCUGAUUAGCCUGGCCAACAUCUUGCACAACGCCAAGCUCUGGAACGAUGCCGUCAUUGUAGCCACCAUGGCAGUGGAAAUUGCGCCGCACUUUGCCGUGAACCACUUCACACUGGGCAAUGUCUAUGUAGCAAUGGAGGAGUUUGAGCAAGCCCUGGUGUGGUACGAGUCAACCUUGAAGCUGCAGCCUGAAUUUGCCCCUGCCAAGAACCGGAUCCAGACCAUCCAGUGCCACCUCAUGCUGAAGAAGGGACGGCGGUCUCCUUAGUGCCCCGCCUCCCGCCUCUCCCUCUCUCCCAUCGUGCUCUUCCAAAAAGAUUAAGAAACCAACGGUUGUCGGCAUCGACUUUUAAUGAAGCGUGUGAAAAUAACCAAGGAAGACUUAGAACUUUUAAAUA